AUGCCGGACGCCGAGUCCAUGGCGUCGGGUGGCACCCGCAUCAAACGAAACACGGCUUGUACCUCUUGCCGAGACGCCAAGAGUGUUGGCGACCGCUCGGCCCAGCUGUCUCAGCCGAGUUCAACUCCAUUAAGGGAUGUCGGUAUACCACGUCUUGGCAUGCCAUCGCCAGAUAUCACCAGGCCGAGUCUGUCUUCUAAUAGCAACCCGCCGACUGUGUCUGCUAUACAGACUCCAUUGACGACUUUCAUCGAUGCAGCUGUGGAGCCAAGUCUUCCUAGAGCCCUAGGCUCGCAGCCUUUCUCGGGAGAAGACAUUGACUAUUACUUUCAGAAGUAUUUUGAGUGCUUCCACCCCUACAUGCCUGUCGUACGGCAUCGCGAUCCAAACAAGUGCUACGAGUCUGGAAGCGUCCUUUUCUGGACGAUAAUCAUGAUAGCAUGCCGUCGUUACGCGCGUAACUCACAACUGCUCUCCUUUCUGAUGGAAGCAGUUCGGAAAGAGUUGUUUUCGACGAUAUGCAGCUUACCGCUAUCGAUACAUUCCAUCAAUGCACUAAUACUGGUGUGUACCUGGGUGUUCCCCGACAUUCGAUUUCUCAACGACCCAACGUCCAUGUUCACCGGAGCAACCACAAACGCGGCCCUGCUUCUAGGCAUCCACUCCGGGAAGGGCUCGCAUCCGGAGUAUAGUAUCGGGAUGUUUCAAAAUCACUUCCGCGAUGAAGAAGCCCAUUACACCUGGGCAGGAUACAAUAUCAUUACCCAAAGAGUUUCUACAUACAUGGGACUGCCACCUACCGGUGGCUUAUUCAACCAAACAGUUCAGAAUGUCAUUGAUGGCAAGACACCAUUUCAGGUUCCUUCCAGCUUCCGCGUUCUUCUUGAGUGCCAAAAAUUUGCCAAUAGGGUCAGUAGAACUAUGGCAUCGUGUCUAGAGGAGACCAGAGGAGUUUCUUCCCACGUUGUCCGACACCUUGAGGAGGAGUUCGAUACUAUUCGAGGAUUGAUAUGCUCUGAGCGAGCAGAUGACUUGGAUCGGUUCAACGCCCUUCUGGUGCAGCUUGAGAUUCAGACCUUCUACCUUCUACCUCUUCCGGGGUACAACCCUGAAGCACUGAAACGAAACGUGCUACGGACCUAUACAACAGCCCAGAAAGUGAUAUCCGUUGCACUGGAGCUUGAGCGUUCGCACAGAUUCCUGUACCACAUGCCGCAUUUCUAUUUUCGAUCUGUACUUUGUGCCACGUGUAUCAUUUACAAGGUCCUUCGUUCGUCCUACAUGGAUUUCCUCGACCUGAAGCAAGCAGAGAGCGCAGCACUGGAUUCCAUCAAGGUUUGCAGGCAAGCAGUCAUCCAGGACGGCGACUUGCCUACCCGGCUCGGCAACCUCCUCGAGUCCAUGUGGGCUUUUAGUCAGCUUCACAAAUCGCACGAGGAACCGAUCUCGGCAACCUUCUCUCAUCGCCUAGGGGCUAGCGUUACUUUUGACUGUCUUAAGAGGUGGAAGCAAGAUAUGGAUAUGCGAAGCAAGAGUCAACCGCCGCCAGGCGAGGGAGGCGAGACCCCUGCUAUCUUUGCCGGAACCGACCCUCUGGCGAGUAUUGAUUGGAGCUUCAUGGAUGAUUUUGACUGGACAAUCGAGCCAAGUCUUUUGGUCCCUCCUUUAGGGCCCACGUAG